AGAAAGACGGAAAAAAAGACAGAAACGGUUGAGAAUCCCUGACCAGCUGUGUGCCAAACCGUGGUGAUGUACCGUUUUAACAUGCUAUGAAGUAGGCCUGGAGCUCCAUGAGAUUUGGGACGCAGCCACCGCGGCGCAGCUCGAGGACACCGCGAACACGCUUAAAGCGACAACGGUAUUGAAUAAAAUAACAGCAUUAAUAAAUAAAAGCUGUGAGAUGGAGGCUGCUGUGGAGGAAGUGUGUGACGGCAGCAGUGAGGAGAGAGAAACAUCGCCGGUGUGUUACAGAAGAGAGAGGAAGGAGCAGCCGUGGAAGAGGAGCUGUAUUUAUCUGCAGUGUUAUUUUUUAACAGUUGCAACUAUACUGGGAACUGGAAUUUUAGGGCUGCCCGUGACGAUUGCUCAUGCAGGACUGAUUCCCUUCUUGGUCUCGUUCCUCAUCGGUUUUUUAAUGCAGGCUUUGCUCAUCUACCUCUUUGUGGAUUUGCUCCAGCGAUGUCGAGUCGCUCAGGUGGAGUCAGUAAAGUCUCUAGAGACAGAAGGGAUAUUAAUGCAGAACGUGAGCCCGGUGGAUUUCCCUGUUCCUGACAGCGAGGAGGUAGAAGAGAGUGAAGAUGUAGAAGAUGCAGACGCAGGCCUGCUGCAGAAAGACAACACCAUAUUGAAGCUCCAGGAGGACCUUCAUCCAAACCUGCAUGUGCUUGGCGUACUCUUCCUGAGCCAACGCAGCAGCCAGGCCUUCAGCUUUAUCCUACUUUUCCAUUUUGUAUCUAUUGGAAUCAGUUAUGUUUUGGCAGGUAGUGAAGCAUAUGCUGCACUUUUUCAUACCAGUCACGUCUACGUUAUCCCUGCAUUUACAUGGACGCUCUCGUUUGGUAUUCUCCUGGCGCAGGUCAUCAUCCAGCCAAUCACAUCACUGCUCACUCUCCUUAAAGGCAUCCUGUUGAUUAUCACUGUGGCGGUGACAUUUGUUGUGGGUUCAGAGGUUCACCAAGAGUCCAAGAAUGACUUCACCCAAAUCGGAAAACCUUUCCUUAUGGGAACCGUUGCUCUCGGUGGAAUUGUCAACGUGAUGCCAUUUUUAUUUUCUGAGAUUUACCACAGCAGAACACAGGUCUUGUGGUUUAGGAGAGCUGUACUGGGAGGACUUACUACAUGCACAAUCCUAAAUAUAUUAUGGUGUUGGGCAGUGGUAGACAUCGUUCCCCAGAUGGCUGUCAAGUCCAUCCUGGAGGAGAAGCUCUUAAAUACCAGCUUGGUCCGGAUGGAGACCACUCGACCGGCACACACAUUUAUCUACUCCAACAUCUCCCUGGAGGAGUCUGAAAAGGCUGGAGAGAUUGCAACAAUACCUCUAACAAAGAUCAUAAAUCAGAGGUACGCACACUUCUGGUGGGUGGCAGAGCUGAUCCAGAUCUUCAUCACCAUCAGCAUAACCGUGUCAUUCCUUGUGAUGGGAUCAGCAAUGAAGCAUACAAUCGACGGCUUGGUAAACAGACAGUGGGAGAUGAACGCCGGCCCAAUGCCGAGAAUCCAGCCACGGACUUUACCUCAAAUCUUUAACAGCGUCAGAAUGAGAAGUGUUUCUGGGGGAUUCUUGACGUUUCUGGUGUUUGGGAUCAUUUUUGUCGUGUCUAUGUGUGAUCCAAAGGGUUUUAUCGUUAUGCUCGACAAGGUCGUCUCGUUCUCCUUAAACACUGAAGUAGGCUUGUUCAUCUUCUUGAUGCUGAGGGCCUCCAGAUCAGAGCGGUUUAAACAUAUGACGGUUCCCCUGCCAGUGGGUGAAAGCCUCUUCAAGCUCCACUGGCUCCUGCCAGUCUACUUCCUCUUUGCUGUGGCAUACGAUCUCAGCCUGAGUGUGCUGGACAUAUCAAAGAACAUGCAUCAUUCCUUACAGACCAACAGGUCUCUGGUGUAAAAGCCUAGGGCUGAAGAGCUGUAAAAUUUAGUCCACAGCAGUCUGCUUGUUGAGUGGAUUGAGAUGUCUGGCCUUCAGCUGGUCAGUCUUCAGAGAUGGACAUCUUCAUAUACAAUUACUUGCUACAACUGACCGAUCUCACCUACAGCUUACAGGGAAAGUGAAGCACAAUAGAAAAUCUGGAGUACUACAGUUUUAAAUCUGAUGAAUACUGGCAGGGAUCUUAAAGUGAAGAGAAACCAGGGAUCUUGGACCUAAAUCAUCUGUGACUCUUAAAUUUAGGAAGAAAAAAAGCUUUAGUAUGUGAGCCUUAAGAAGUUGGAUAAUGUUGAGAGAAAUCUAUCUGAAGCAUCUGUGGAAUUUAUUUUAUAGUGAAAGACAUCCCUGGAAAAAAAUGUAAGAACGUCUGCAUUCAAUUAUUCAAUACAACUAAUGCAUGCGUUAUUAAUUAUACAUAUAUAUAGAUAUAUUAUAAAUGAAACACCUAAAAUCUAGGAAAUUGAAGCUGCAUGUAAUUGUGUUAAGCAAAUGUAUGUAAUUAUCUGACAUGUCAAAUUCUAAAAGGUGGUAAUCUAAAAUAAAACAGGAAUAAUGUGUGGCAGGCUGGA